AUGAGUGUCUCUCUUAUAAGCUGUAGUCGGUUGUUAUGUGUGGUGGCAACACUGUUUACUGCAUUGUAUUCCUCUCCUGUCUAUGCCAAAAGUUUGGACUACGUCUCAUUCGAGAAACCAUUUGACAAUAUCAAUGACGCAGGACUGCGCCAGAUCGGAGACUAUUUUGUGUACGGUGGAGAUACGUCCGUGAACCGCCACUUUGUACGACUGACGCCUGAUCGUCAGAGCAAGCGCGGUCAUAUUUGGGGUAACAAGAAAUUGGCUGUCAAGGAGUUUGCUGCCGUACUCACGUUCCGUAUCAGCGGUCAAGCCAAAUCCUGGUUUGGUGAUGGCCUGGCACUUUGGCUCACUACGAGUGAAUAUGUACAGGGUGAUAAUCAUGGCUUUAUUGGAGACUUUAAGGGUGUUGGUGUCAUAUUCGAUACGUUUGUGAAUGAGGAGCACAAUGGUGGCCACAAGGACGUGACGUUCUUUGAGAACGACGGCACAAAGACACUGGACCAGCUCCAUGAUAUGGAAAAAGUCGGCUGCAUGGCCCCCGGUAUUCGCUACCACGAGAAGAAUGCGGCAUUUAGCCCGUCGCUCAACAUGUCGCGUGCUAGAAUUACGUACACACAGGCGGAUCAGCAGUUUUCGAUCUUGAUUGAUGCUGAUGCCUCGGGCAACUGGGUCAAGUGCUAUAACCAGCGUCUUACCAUUGGUGACGACUGGAUUCACGACGCAUAUGUCGGUAUCACGGCUUCGACUGGCAGUCUCGCUGAUAACCACGACGUCAUUGCUUUUACCGCUUACGAUGAUGUUGUUGACUCGCUUGCUACUCAGGACGAUGAAAAACAGCGCAAUGCUGUUGAUAAGGACCUUGAAACCACUUUGAGCAACGGAAACAAUGACGACAAGAUGAAGGUGGUCAAACGAAAAUACAAUCAGUUGCUCGAAGAAUUUGAGUACCAAUUCACUGCACUAAAGGAAUCAACGCAGAACACAAUCCAGAAGCUGGAGAAACAAGGCGUUGAGGAUUGGAAGCGGAUUGAUGAACUUGAGGCUUGGGCAAGUGGAAAAGUGUUUGAGCGUGUGCAAAGCACAGCGAAUGUGAUCCGUGACCACGUGGAUACGCAGUUGGAAGAGACUGUUAAGGAAACGGCCGCCAACUCUAGUGGCUGGAAGAUGCCGUUUUUCAUCGUUGUGUUCAUCAUUGCUUGCGUUGCGGCUAUCGGAUACAAGAAGUACCAGGACCUCCGCAAGACCCACUUCCUGUAA